CCGACAUAGUCUUAGAGCUCCAUCCUCCACUAAUCCACUCUAUAGUAUCAUACAACCACCCUCAGGUGAGCUACACAAACACAAAAUGCCGCCCCGAAUACCACCACUCCUCCACAAAGGCCUACACGCCCGGCUCCCGCGCCCCACCUUCCCACCACAAUCCAACCAUCAGCCAAUCUCCAACCGCACGGUGUCCCUCCCGCCCAUGACAAAGCCCACGACUCCAACACCAACCCUCCUCCCAAACCCCACAACCUCUACCACUACCACCACCCGCGCGAGCCUAAUCCCCUUUACCCCCGACCCGCUGGACGACCCCCUCCUAUUCGGCGAUUACCCAACCUUCUCGGAAACCAGCGCAAGCACGGACCUCCACCAUCUGCACGUCUAUUCCCCCCCCCACAACUGCCACAUCGCAUACACAAGGCCGAACGGCGACUGCAUCAUCAGCAAGUCCACAGGCAACGUGGGCAUUAAGGGCGCGGCCAGGGGGAGCUUCGAUGCGGCCUUCCAGCUCGCAUCGCAUGUUUUGGGAGAGAUAGCGGAGAUGGGUGCCGUUCCCAGGAAUUUUGAGCUGCUGUUGAGGGACUAUGGGCCCGGGAGGGAUGCCUUUUUGAAGGCUCUCAUGGGGAGGGAGGGGCAGUUUCUCAGGGGGAGUAUCAGGAUGGUUAUUGAUAGUACUAGGAUUAAGUUUGGGGGGACGAGGAGUAGGGCUCUUAGGAGGUUGUAGGUAUCAUGGUUUUUUUUUUUUCGGAGAAGGGGGAAGAGAGGAAAUUAUGUAUUAUAUUUGGGGAGGCGGAGAGAGGGAUUUGAUGAUUUGAUAGAUUGUUCACUAUGUAAAUACUGGUACGGAAAACCUACAGUGCACCAAAUAGAUUGGUGGCCCAAUACCCCCACUGACCACCACAACCCACGUCUUGCCGGUGGAUCAGAUCGCGCUCUCAAA